GAGACUCUCACACUUGAUGCUGCAGCCAGGAGCCUGGGGGAGUCCAGCAUGAUUCUUCUCACAGUGCUGUUCCUUUGCAUCAUUUCCACUUACUCAGCCUCUGUUAAAGGGCACACUACUGGACCAAGCUUAAAUAAUGACAAGCUAUACAAAUUUGCUUACUCAGCUGAAGUGUAUGUUGAUCAGGUGAAAGCAUCACUGCAGAGAAGUGCAGGCUACCGGAUUGCUGCUGCUGUGGAUGUCAACCUCCUGUGGAGAAACCCCAACAAUGAUGAUGACCAGUUGGUCAAAGUUACAAUAAGAGAUGUGCAAGUGGAAAACAUGAAUGAACGUCCAGCUGCUAAAAACAUCUUCAAAGGAAAAAGCACAGAAAAGCUCAUUGGGAAAGAAUACCUGGAAGCUUUAAGGAGACCCAUGGUUCUUGAGUUAGUCCGUGGGAAAGUCAAAAACUUCUAUUCACAUCAAAAUGAUCCUGCUUUUACUCAAAAUAUUAAGAGAGGUCUGGCUAGCCUUUUCCAGCUGCAGCUGCACUCCGGCACUGCCAGUGAGGUGGAUGUAUCUGGGAAAUGUAACACGACUUACCAUGUGAGGCAAAAUCAGGUGACUAAAGUAAAAGCCCUGGAGUCCUGUGAAAUAGAGAAACAAGGAUUUAGCAGCCACAACCAGAUUUUAGACGUUGGUAGAAAAGCCACAUCUGCCACUGUUUAUGUGCUGGAAGACAGUUUCAUUAAAUCCAUUAAGGCAGAAGAAAAUUACGUUUUUGUCCUGAAUUCCCGACGAAAAACAGGUGCCAAAAUAGUAUCCAAGCAGAAACUGGAACUGAAGUCAGUGCAAGCUGGCCCUGGACUGAUUGCUGGGAAGCAAGUUGCUGGUGUCAUCAAAACCUUGGGCUCCAGUUAUGUUCCUGUGCCACUAGUAGCAGAGACAGCCAAAUCUGAAUGCAAGAAGUGUCCUUCACUUUCUGAACACUGGCAGAGCAUCAGAGAAUAUCUGCAUCCUGAAAAACUUUCCAAAGCUGAAGCAGCAAGAAGCUUUUUGUCCUUCAUUCAGAACGUCAGGAAAGCCACAAAAGAGGAGAUACUGCAGAUUAUGAGAAGGGAAAAUAAAGAAAUUCUCCCACAAAUAGUAGAUGCUGUAACCUUUGCUCAGACCCCAGCAUCACUGGAGGCCAUGCUGGAGUUCCUUGACUUUAAGGAUGAAAGCACUUCUGUCCUGCAGGAGAGAUUCCUCUACGCCUGUGGAUUUGCAUCUCACCCCAGUGAGCACCUCCUCAAAUCUUUAACUGCUAAGUUCAAGGAUGACAUUGCAAAUGAAGAAAUCAGAGAAACUCUUGUCAUUGUCAUGGGAGCACUCAUCAGAAAGCUGUGUGACAGAGAAGGCUGCAAGCUUCCAGCUGUUGCAGAAGCCAAAAGGAUGAUUCUGAACAGACUGGAGAAGGCUAAGAAAGGUGACAAUGUGAGGAUGUACCUGCUGGCACUGAAGAAUGCACUCCUUCCUGAGGCAAUUCCACUGCUCCUGAAAUACGCCGAGUCAGAAGAAGGGCACAUCAGCAACCUUGCUGCCACUGCCUUGCAGAGAUACAAUCCUGCUUUUCUCACCAAAGAGGUGAAGAAAACAAUGAACAGGAUAUACCACCAGAACAGGAGAGUCCAUGAAAAGACAGUAAGGACCACUGCAGCUGCUAUCAUCCUGAACAGCAACCCAUCCCACAUGGAAGUGAGAAACAUCCUGCUCUCCAUUGGAGAACUGCCUCUGGAAAUGAACAAGUACAUGCUCUCCAUGAUCCAGGAUAUAAUCCGCUUUGAAAUGCCUUCAAGCAAAACAGUUCGCCAGGUUCUGAAGGACAUGCGUGCUCAUAACUACGACCGCUUCUCCAAGACGGGCUCCUCCUCUGCCUACUCUGGCUACAUGACACGUGGUCCUGAUGUCACAUCCACAUACAGCCUUGACAUCCUCUACUCGGGCUCUGGGAUUUUAAGGAGAAGUAACAUGAACAUCCAGCUUUUCAGUAAAAAUGCUCAACUUCAUGCCAGCCAGGUGGUGAUUGAAGCUCAAGGUCUGGAGUCCAUCAUAGCUGCAACUCCUGAUGAAGGAGAGGAAAACCUGGACUCCUUUGCUGGCAUGUCAGCCAUUCUGUUUGAUGUUCAGCUCAGGCCAGUGACAUUUUUCCAAGGGUAUGGUGAUCUGAUGUCUAAAAUGCUCUCAGCAACUGGAGACCCCAUUAACGUGGUGAAAGGACUUAUCCUCCUGACAGACUACUCACAGGAGAUCCAGCUGCAGUCUGGGCCAAGGGCCAGCACGGAGUUCCUGGGUGGCCUGGCCAUUGACAUCUCAGGAGGGAUGGAGUUCAGCCUGUGGUACAGGGAAUCCAAAACCAACGUCAAGAACAGGGUAGCCAUGUUUACAGGUGGUAACGUUGAGGUGGAUUCCUUCUUCAUAAAAGCUGGCAUGGAAACCACUUUGGAAGCAGAAACAACAUUAGACUUCAUCUCCACCGUGCAGUUUUCACAGUACCCAUUUUUAGUCUGUAUGCAGAUGGAGAAAGUUGAGUCUCCGUUCAGGCGCCAAGUGACCAAGUAUGAGAGCCUUCCCUCUGGGAGGAGGUACACUGCCAGGAGAGGGAGAGCACAGCUGCUGCCAGGGAAUGAAUUCCCUCUCCAUCAGGAAAACUCCAACAUGUGCAAGAAGGUGUUUGGGGAAAAGGAUGAUUCCUCCAGCAACUGGUUCUGAAACCAGCACCUGACCUUCUGCUUCCCUGAACCCAUGGCUCCCUCAAUGACUUAGGAUGCAGGUACCCAACCAACGUGGAGCUUGACCUUGGGCUGCUGCAGUUAGUGGGAAAGUUGCCAUUGAUUUCAACAGGUCAGGAUCAAACCCUCGGUGCGUGCACAGUGUUUACAUAUUAACCUGUAUUUAAGACUUUUGUUAAAAAGAAAAAAAAAGCUCAGGCAAAUAAAGACCAAUUUGGUAGUAUUCCACGCACCCCCCUAAGGGUGUUGCUAGUGCUUCAUUUUUACUUUUUGGUGCCAAAAGCUAAAAUGAUCCCUCAUUUUUCUUUCUUGGGGAAUACAGAAGGAAGUCUGUUUUUGACAUGCAGCAAGAACAAUUAUGAUGUAUAAAGAAUGAGUAUUUAUGAAAAUAUUUUAAAGUAUUUAGGUGUUCUAGGCCUAUGACCAAUCCUCAUUCAAGUGCAAUUAACAUCUAAAUGAGCCUACGAAUUCCUGCUUACUCGAUGUAGCCUGUCCACAAAGCAGCAGGUUUUAUUUUACAUUAUUUUAAAGGAUUUUCCCAUUUUUUAAGUAGUCAGAGCUUGAUUAUUAUUAUUAUUUAUCUUUUUUUUUUUUAAUUAUUAACUGCUAUAGUUAAAGGCAAACUGAUUAAAAAUGUGGAGUAAGAUUUCCAGAAGUACUUACAGUUGCCUUAGUUCUGUUCCCAUUGAAAUUAUCCCACUCAUUUCUCCACCAGGAACAGUUAAGCCAACACUGGUUGCUCUCCCAGGUCACCUCUGGAAAAUCGGGGUCCCUGUGUGUAACCAAAGGAGGUGCAGUUCCAAAAAUGAGCACCACCUAACCUAAGGCAAUUCUCAACUGGGAUGAAGGAAAAGGUCCUGAAAGAAAUCUAUUCUGAUUGCACAGUCUAGCAAUACCUGUGCAAAGUACAUUUUUUCUAGGUAAUUUAGGCUCAUCUUUCAAUGCAAAAAAGUAAUCACUGCUCAUACCAGUCCUCCAAUUAAAAUGUCUUAUACCUUUUGUGCUCAUUCAAGCAGUGCCUUCAUAAGAACUGGGUAAAAAAAAAAAAAGAGUUUUUACAUUUACAAUGGUAUUGCAUAUUAAGAAAGAAUGUACCUCACCCCAGCUCUGCUGAUCUCUGACAUGAUCCAUCUGAUUUAAUUUUUAUAGGAUAAGGUGGGUGAGCACUGGUCACAAGGAAGUAAAAUAAAAAGCCAGGAAUAAUUCCUUUUCAAAAAAACAAGAACAGGCAGGAAAAACUCAUAGAUUGUCAUGAAACAAGAACAUGUAUUACAAGAAUUAAAAAACAUUCCCAUUUCUUUUGUGUUGUAAAAGAACAAGAGUGCAGAAAUCUGCAAAAAUCAAACUGUCAAACAGGGUGGAACAGUCUGCUUGUUGCCUUUCCUGAAAAUGCUGACACCCUUUUAGUCAAAGCAUAAAUAAACCAGGUAAAAAUACAGUGUGAAAAA